UGAGAGAGAGAGAGAGGAAGAGGUUUCAGGUUCGCCGGUGAUUAAAAACAUGGAGAAGUAAAAAGCUUCUUUGUUUGGCCCAGUGGACGUAAACGUGACGUGUACCACGUGACUAAAAGCAGGAAGCGAAUCGAGUGUCAACAAUAAAAUGGUCGAGAUGGCUUCUUCAGACUGGCAGCUGUCUUUGAAGCUGGUGGAUCAGCCUAAAUCCGUCUUCCACUUCCCAGAGAUGAUGCCAGGGGAUGUUUCGCCUGGAGGAUACAGAGUCGCUACUUUAAAACAACUUGUUGCAGCACAGCUCCCAGACUCCAUCCCAGACCCCGAAUUUAUAGAGCUGGUCCACUGUGGGCGGAAACUUAAGGAUGAACUAACACUGGAUGCCUGCGGGAUCCAAUCAGGAGCCACUUUACACAUCCUCAAAAAGACUUGGCCUGAGCCAGAGAGCAAUCCAGAGCCUGUGAACAGAGCAACUGCAGCCAGGGAGUUCAGGGUGUUUAAUGCUGCUCUUCAUUCUCUCAACUCUGCCUACAGAGACUCAGUAUAUAAAAUGCUGACGAAUAAAGAGUCUCUAGAUCAGAUCAUUGUGGCCACACCUGGGCUCAGGUCAGACCCAGUUGCCCUUGGAGUGCUGCAAGACAAAGAUCUCUUCGUGCAGUUCACAGACCCGAACAUGCUGGAUGUAUUGAUCAGUUCACACCCAGCACUCGUCAAUGCCAUCAUCCUGGUCCUGCAUUCUGUGGCAGGCAGUAUGCCCAACCAGUCCAGUGCCAGCUCUUCUCGCAAUGUCUCGGCCAGUUCAUACAGUGAUAUGCCAGGAGGCUUCAUGUUUGAGGGCAUGUCUGAUGAUGAGGAGGAUUUCCAGUCUGGGAGCCCAGCAGGUCCCUCCAACAGAGCUGGAGGCUCAGCAGGAAUGCGUCCAGUGUCUCUGAGCCACAGUGGAGCAACAGGUCCUCGACCAAUAACGCAAAGCGAGCUGGCAACAGCUUUGGCCCUCGCCAGCACUCCUGACAGCAGCGCGGUCACUCCAACAACUUCAAGCCAGGCGGACCCCUCCAGUACUGUAGCUCCAAUGCCAGCAGGAACUCCAGUCAGUAACGAUCUCUUCAGCCAGGCUCUACAGCAAGCUUUGCAAGCCUCCAACAUGUCUGCUCUGCAGGGCCGCUGGCAGUCCCAGAUGCAGCAGCUCAGGGACAUGGGGAUCCAGGAUGAGGAGCUGAUGCUGAGGGCGCUGCAGGCCACAGAUGGUGACAUCCAGGCUGCCCUGGAGCUCAUAUUUGCUGGAGGACCAGGACUCUGAGCUCAAACCACAUGAACAAACACUUUUAUAGAGGAAUGAGCAGGAAAAAGCUUGUCAUCCAGCUGCCUAGAAAUGAUAAAUUAUAGCUGUAGACAUACAGUAUAUAGAUUUUUUUUUUAAACCUACAUUUACAUACAGCACAGUUUGAAGUAAGCUUCACAAAUAUUAUGGCAGGGAUAUGAUAUGGAUGAGGGAUAAGAGAUAUGGAUGUGACCAGGCUUGAAUUUUAAAUAAAUGUAAUGGUGCUUACCUCGUCAACACCAGCUUUCCUGUCAUUUGAUAGGUGGCAUUGGCUGCAAAAGUGUUGCGUUGGUGCAGUCACCAAAUGAGUCUCGAUUGACGCCAUGAGAACUGCUCGGAUUUAAUUUCUCUUGUUUCUUUGAUUGUCAAUAGUACAAGCGUAUAAAAAAUAUUGGGUUGCAGUAUUAAAACAUGGACUAAAAACCUUACUGUAUUGUCAUUGUCUACUCAGCCUAUGUAAUUCACAAAUGUGCACACUAGAUGGCAGUACAGUAGUUUAUUUCUAUCCAGCAGUGACUGUCAUUCACGCAGAGAUGCUGUUUAUUUUGCCCUUUUUUCCUCUUCUAAAUUUAAAAUCAUGUUCUUGAUCUGCCCUCUGUUGAAGUGUUCUUAUUGGUAGUUGUGGGCUCUCAUUUAUCAAAGAAUUCAUUAUGCUUAGACAGCCAGUAACAAAAAAAGAGAGAAAGUUGCACAGAUAAGGUAAUAGCUUUAUUAGCAUCCCCUGACAUGUUGCAGAGCAUUGUUACAAAUAGCUGAGCCCCCUUUCCCCCCCCAAGCCUUAUUACAGAGGGCUACAUUUGCUUUGUCUCGUUGUCUCCCAUCAGGGUUUUUUAGGGGAGGACAUAUUGCGUGCCCCCCUCCGCCACCUACCGUUCUCCAUCUACAGUAAUUGCCCUGCUUAGUUUUAUUACUGCAUCUGUGAAUGUGACAGCUCAAUCAGUGGAUUGCCCUUUCAUGAGCACAGCACCCAAACAGCGCUUUGUGUCCGUCUGUCCCCAUUACCAUUUUAUAUGCAUGCACACCUGCGGGCAAUUUCAACCUCCAAUUGCCUCCAAGGGUAUUUUAAAAAAUAAAGCAUUUCCACUGUGCAGAAGGAAGCAGUGUCAUAGCUUCAACAAAACAAUAGUGAUUAAAAGCGUCAUUGACUUUCUUGCAAAUUAAAAAUAGAAGACAGUUAUGUUCGCCCAGAUUAAAUACAUGAAUUUUACAGAAAGCAGGAGUAAUGUUUCCAUUUAGACUUGCUGUAUUUAUGUACUUUGUUGCUAGUAAGCUGUGAAGUCCGAUGUGGAAUAUGUUGCAGCAUAAAUACACUGUAGUUGUA